GAUUCAGUUGCCCGGAAGCUGAGGGAUAGUUCAAGUAUUUUCAAAGACGGAGUUUUCUUCACAGGAUCUGAAAACAACGGAGGCAAUGCUGUCGGAGCUCUUUAUCCACUACUUCACUUAAACAUGGACAAGCCUACAAUUAAAACACUGUUAGAAAGACCAAAAAAAUUCAUAAAGAGUAUAGGAAUUGGUAGUUUCAACUAUGGCAUGGUACAAGGAGUUUUUACCGAGUUAGAACAGAUUCUCGUAACUAAGGAAAGACAACCUGUAUUUGAAACCAAUGCUAUUGUUCUUCUCGGCUGUAAGGUAAUGGAGUCUGGUAGUCGGACUGCUAAAAGUUUAGAAAAGUAUUGGAAAGCUUGGACAAAUAUUAAUUUGUUAAAAACUUUUAUACUUCAGGCAAAAAUCGAAGUUCAAAAUAUAAGUUUUCUACGACAAACGUCUCCUGGAAAUAACAAGAUGUUCAUGUACAUUAUGCUUAUGAAUGUAAAGGUAGAGGAUUAUAACCAGGAGAUGAGUAUAUUGGAUGGAUUACAGAAAAUGAGAGGUUCCAUUGUUGCCUGCUAUGCUGCUCUUUAUAAGGUUUCCGGAGACCUGAGUCGGAGUAAGAGUGAAGAGAGUAUGGAGAACUUGAUAGAAGUUGUAUCUGGAGGAACCGAGAAAUCAAGAAGACGACGGUCCAAGAAAGAAAGUAGAAGUGAACGGAGAUCCAAAAGCGUGAACACACUAUAACGUAUAAAGACACUAAACGACACUAAAAAUGACAAAACAUUAAUUUAUGCUUUAGUUUGCCAAAAUCACUGUUUUAAACGAUGCCUCAUCUCUUGAAGAAAAAAAACAUUUUAAGACUUGGCCCUUGUGGGAAUUUGACUCGUAUAUAUAUUAUCAUUAACUUGUGCAGUAUCGUUUUGUGUGUAAACUGUAAAUCCGAAUUUUUUUUAGUUUCUCAUUUCCCUGAAUUAAAUCCCUUAAACCAAAUUAAAGACGUUUAAUUGCACACCUAUUUGUAUAGAACGUUUGACCAACUGUUUGAUACCCUUCACCAAUAUUCUUACAGUGAUAAUAAGAAAACUGUGGAAUAGAAAGACGACAUUGAGACUCAAGUUAUGAUUUUAAAUAGUCUAAUGAAAAUAAGGGCUGUAACUUAACCUUUAUGUAACUCUGUCUGUAGUCUGGAGUUCGUAGUUUGUCGUCUGUCGUCACACCAAUUUUAUGAAUUGGAUGCAUAUAAUCCAUAUAUUACGUAAUAAGUCAUUUUUAAGUAAAUACGUUUUCCUUUUUUAAACUUCAAAUACACUUUAAAAAUUGCUUUUAUGUCUUCUUCCUAUUCCACUGUUUUCUGGUUCACACUGUAUUUUGACAGCUUUUUUGAAAUUAUCAAUCUGUGAUAUUUAAAUUUUCACUGAAACAACAUAAAUUCAUCUGACCUUUAUUUUUGAACAUUUUAUAUUAAAUAUAUAUAUACAUUCACUUUUAA